AUGGAGAACCCAAAAAAGGCUAAGAAGCCUUCUACCGAUCAGCCUUCUGACGAUCGUGGAAAGGGCCGAGGCCAAGGCAAACCAGACAAACCUAAAGCAAGACCUACUGCUCGUGGUGCUGCUAACCACCUUGAUCAGCUUACAGCUACUGCUGCGAUUGCUGCUGCAAGACAACAUGGUCAGCCUGCAGCUACCACUCCUGGUAAACCUGCUCUAGCCCGCCGGGGAAUAUCGGGAAUUAUGUCUGGAAAAAAAAGAGAUUCGCAAAGCGAUUCGCGUGGUGCUGAAAGAUAUGGGCAACCGUCGCGGAGUGGUGAGCGUCAUCCCAGUGAUGCCGCAGGACGUUCGCAAAGCGGUUCGCGUGGUGCUGAAAGACAUGGGCACCCUUCGCGGAGUGGUGCGCCUCAUCCCAGUGAUGCCGAAGGACGUUCGCAAAGUGGUUCGCGUGGUGCUGAAGGACGUGGGCGCCCUUCACAGAGUGGUUCGCGUGGUGCUGAAGGACGUGGGCGCCCUUCGCGGAGUGGUGCACCUCAUCCCAGUGAUACCGCAGGACGUUCGCAAAGCGGUACAAGUGCCACAGCACAUCACCACCAGCAUUCUCAGGAUUAUGAGUACGCGUCAUGUCUCCGUGUUGCCACAAGAUCUGCUGGCGUUACAAGUGACUCAGCUGGCGCUGCCGCAGAGGCGGCGGGUAAUGAGUCAUUGGCCAGUUCUGCUGGUGGCAAUGACUCAGCUGGCGCUGCCGCAAAGGCGGCGGGUGAUGAGUCAUUGGCCAGUUCUGCUGGCGUUACAAGUGACUUAGCUGGCGCUGCCGCAGAGGGGGCGGGUAAUGAGACAUUGGCCAGUUCUGCUGGCGUUACAAGUGACUCAGCUGGCGCUGCUGCAAAGGCGGCGGGUAAUGAGUCAUUGGCCAGUUCUGCUGGUGGCAAUGACUCAGCUGGCGCUGCCGCAGCGGCAAACCAAACAUGCAGACGCAGUUGGACAAUCCUGCCUGAGGCCCGCACGUACGCUCCUGCUCACAGGAGAGAUCCCGCUAGUCGUAAGGGCGUGCUGGCUGAUACAGUUGCAGUCAGCGUACUGGCCAAUUCGUUCAAGAUACAUCGCGGUGAAGCAGGUCAAGGUCAAGGAGUGUACCUUUAUCGUGUGUCGUGUGUGCCCGAUCUCACGGCCAACGUUGUUUCCGCAGUUAUCCACGGCAAAGGCCCGAUUAAAGAUGCAGUCGGGAAAAUCGCCUUUGAUGGCGUGCAGGCAUUUCUUCAGCAAAAACUGACCCCGGACGAAGAGACUGGCAACUUUAAAACAUUCUACUUGACAAUAACGCCAGAGGGCAACAGCCCCGACAGGAAGUCGCAGGAUGUGGUGAUCACUUUUACUUACGUAAUGGAUAUUGAUUGGAGUUCGCCCACCCUUGUCCAAGUUUUGAACAUCUUGUUGAGGACUCCUACUCGCAGCAUCAGGGUCUGGCCAGGUUAUGUAACAGCCAUCAGUGACUGUGCUGGGGGACUCUUCAUGAAUAUUGAUGUUGCUCACAAGAUUACUCGUGACGAAACCGCACUAGAUGUCAUUCGGUCCGUUAACACCCUGGUGGAGGCCCGGAGAGAACUCAUCGGCCAGGUCGUCAUGACAGAGUAA